GUGAAGAUUGAAUAAGGGAAAGGGAGAAGGGAUGUGGCACAAGGUGCGACGAAGGAGGCUGGGAGAUGGAUCUUUCAUCAGUUGAAAAUACGUCUCUUUCCGGAGAUUCAACUCACCGACCUUUUGGUUUUUGAUGGGAGACGUAGAUGUACUCACUUCUCAGCCGAGAAUAGAACGUGGCGGUAGAUUCAGAUCACCUCAUCUAGUUUCACGCGACAAUGGUUGUCUAUAUCAUGGGUACGAGGGUAGAACCAGGAAUUGGUGUUGCAGAUGAUCUUGGGAUUUUCCUGGUGAGGGAAACAAGAUGGAGGUGGAAGGCUGCAGAUGGUGUUGCACACGCGGAGGAAUGAGGAUGCAGGAGAAAGCAGGAGAGAGCAGGACAGGAGAGGACAAGAAAGUUGUGGGCGUUGGAGAAAAUAUCCAGAUCAGAUGCAGCAUGCAAGGCAAGGCUCGGAGGGGGAGGCGGCAGUCGCGAUUAUGGGCAGGCCAGCACCAGAUGGACGAAUGUGGGUGAGACGAGAGAUGUCAUCUAACAAGAUUUCCAUUCAGUCAGAGGAGAAUUCAGUGCACUGGACGGCGUCACAAGGCCGUCAGAAUCCGAGGAUGAAGCCAAUGAUGGUUGACCAUGAUGAAGAAUUCGGUGGUGAGAGGUGCGACUUUCUUGAGAUGGAGCAGGGGACGAGCGAGCCAGGGAUGGGGUGUACUGUAGCCAGUGAGAGGCAGUCAAAUGGCGCACGUUGGUCAAGGCUGUGGAUGAUGGGCGAGAGAGGGACAGAGAGAGAUGUGCACGCAGUGGGGAGAGACAGUACGAGUAAUACCAGUAAUCCAGUACCAGUAAUAUUUAGGUGCAAAUGCAUAAUGAUGAGCAUAAUCUAUGAAUGGAGGGGCAGAGCUUGGGUGGAGGAGGGAUAAUUUCCUACAGUAGCUGGCUAGAGGGAGGCUAGAAAACUCACUUAACCUUACCUAGGUUCCCUGUGAAAGGGUCUGCGAACGCCUUCUCU